CGCUCCUCGUGUCAAAGUAGUCGUGUUGUGUUCCGUUACUAGUGGUGCUAGUGCUAGAUAAGACUGAUUAUAGUGCUGGCGUAGUUGAAGCGGGAGGACAAGCUGCAUCAAGACGAGAUCAAGAUCUCCCCUCUCAGAAUGUUUUUAACAGCACACUACGAUAUUGAAAAUUUUUUUAAAAGCGCCGGAACAACAAGGACGAGCACGAGCAGCCCCUGCUUCAUCCCUGUUCGAUCGCGAGCACCACCAGCAAUCCGAGUUUUUUGAGGAGCGGUUGGACAACUGUUGUUGCACAAGUAGAACAACUUCCAGGCCACCGUGAGCAAAUGCAACCGCCCGGUCCCGGGGAUGCAACAAGUGGCCGCCCGCCCGGGGGUGGAUCAUCCGCAGCAGGAGGGGGCACCACGAGGACCGGCGUCGGCGGCAGUAGUUCGUCGGGAAGCGGGAACAAAAUCAAGAAUCCCCACCCGAUUAUGUCAACCAUAUCUUUUCCGCAGCAGAUGAAACAGCCACCAUUGCUCCUCCCCAUCCCGUCAGCGCACGAGACGGCGUUGCGGCAAAACCCAAACCCAAAUUACCAGCACGGCGGAGCGACAAGUUCCACAGCGGUGUUUCAUCAGCGGACGUCGCAACGGGCGGGUAUAGUUUUAGAAUUCGACUCGAUAUGAUUUGUGAUUAAUUCUUUCUCGUGAUUUAGUUUUGGUGGAAAAGAGAUGAAUGCUGCUUCUACUCACUUGCAAUAGCGAUGCAGAUACUGCUAGCUAGAAAAGAAGUACCUCAAAAAACGAGGUGGACCACCAGCAGCAACAGGUGUUUCUUUUUUUGCAUCCGAU